AUGUUGUGGUAUCGGCAAAAUAGCUAUAGUCUUGAAGAGGCACAACGCCAGGAGCACAUAUUGGAAGCUAUUGAACCAAAUCAGAGUGUGAAAGAGCUCGCUGUUUAUGUAUACAAAGCAAUGGAAUCUCUUCCCCAUGGAGGUAUGCUUUCAACCUACAACGUCUUUCAAUCAGUUGGUGUUCCAAGCUCAUUGCGUGUGGUGGGGAUGGGGGAUUUGUCCCAGAAAAAAGAGGACAAGUUGAAGAAGAUGCCAAUUAAUGGGAGCAAUGGAGACUGCAACGCACCGUCUGCUUUCAGAAAGUGUUAUUUGGAACAAUUGUGCAAAUGCAGAGAAAGGCAAUACAGAGACCAUCAUGUGAAGAAGUGGCUUGACGAGCUCAAAGAUGAAGUCUUUAAGGCUCAAGACUUGCUGGACGACAUUGCUACUGAGGCAUCACAACAGAAGCUGUAUGCUGAAUUGCAAAGUACUGCUGUUAUCUGCAAGGUACGAGGCUUGUUUACUACUUUUGCUAGUCGAAAUCAUUUUGACAAAAAGAUAGAUUCAGGGAUAAAAGAAUUGCUUAACAACCUAGAGAAUCUUAUAAAGCAAAAGAAGAGACUGGGGUUAAAGGAAGGGCCAUCUGCUCAUGAUCAACUGGCAGUGAUGAACAGGGGAGUAUACAAAAGAUUGCCUUCGACACAUUUGAUAGCUGAAUCCAAUAUUUAUGGUAGAGAUGCUGAUAAAGAGAGGAUUGUAGAGAUUUUACUAUCACAGAACAUGGGAUGUAGGAAUCAGUUGCCUAUGGAUGUAAUUGCUGUCACUGGUAUGGGUGGGAUGGGUAAGACAACUCUUGCACGACUUGUGUACGAAGAUGUAAGGAUCAAGGAUCAAUUUCAACAUAGAGCUUGGAUGUGUGUUUCUGAAGCAUUUGAUGUUGAUCAAGUUACAAAAGCAAUUCUUCAUUCACUUAGUUGUCCAAUUGAACAAGAUUUUCACUCAAAUCAGGCAACACUAGGAAAGACGUUGAUGGGCAAGAAAUUCUUUCUUGUUCUUGAUGAUGUUUGGAAUGAGAAUUGUGAGAUUUUGGAGGUCUUCACAGCUCCUUUGAAAAAUGUGGCGCCACAAAGUAAGAUUCUUAUCACAACCCGUAAUGGAACCGUAGCAGAAGCCAUGUGUUGUACCUUCAGAUAUCCUUUGAAGCCAUUACAAGAUGGAGAUGGUUGGGAUUUAUUUGCAAAACAUGCAUUUAACAACCAACAUCAUGCUGUAGAUCCAGAUCUUAUACAAAUUGGCAGAGAAAUAAUCAACAAGGGUGGAGGAUCGCCUUUAGCAAUAAAAACACUGGGAAGAUUGUUGCACAGAAAACUCUCUUUUCAGCAUUGGAAUAAGAUUUUGAAAAGUGAGAUUUGGGAAUUAUCAGAAAAUGAUAGCAAUAUUAUCUCAUCUUUAAGAUUGAGCUACCAUUAUUUACCUUCAAAUUUGAAACGUUGUUUUGUAUAUUGCUCCAUCUUUCCCAAGGAUUAUCAUAUAGAUAAGAAUAACCUAAUCCAGUUGUGGAUGGCAGAUGGUUUAAUAUUUCCUACUCAGAAAAGUAUGAGCCUUGAAGAGGCAGGUGAUGAAAUUUUCAAUUAUCUAGUGUCUAGAUCAUUUUUUGAGCCAUCAAGAAAAGGUGACAAUUACUUCAUCAUGCAUGAUCUUGUGAACGAUUUAGCAAAAUCUAUGGCUGGAGAGUUUUCUGUGCAGCUAGAGGUGGAUCAGGCACAAGAUAUGUCAACCAAGACUCGCUACUUUUCUUAUAUGGGCAACAUUAAUCAAAAUAAUCUUGAGACUUUUGAGAAAGUUUUGAAAUGCCAGCAACUAUGUAGUUUCAUCCUAUUUUUGGAUAGACAUUUCUCCUGCAACUAUGUCAUUGGUGAUAAUAUAAUGUCUAGACUUUCUCAUCUCAACUACCUACGAGAAUUAUCUUUGAAGGGAUCUCAAAAUUUAAGAAACUUGACAGAUGGCAUUGGCAAUUUAAAGCACUUGCAUUAUUUGGAUCUUUCUUGGACUACUGUUAAGAAAUUGCCAGAUUCAAUGUGCUUGUUGAUUAAUUUACAAACAUUGAAAUUAAAAGGUUGUGAAUUCUUGACUAAGUUGCCAUCAAAUUUAUACAAACUCAUCAAUUUGCAUCAUCUUGACUUGAAAGACUGUGGCAUACAGAAGAUACCAAGAUAUAUGGGAAAGCUAAAUCAGCUCCGAACAAUGAAUAAAUUUGUUGUGGCAAAGAAAGGAGGAUCAGAGUUAAAAGAAUUAAGUAACUUAAACCACUUAACAGGUUCCUUAAGCAUCUCAAAUAUGCAGUUCAUGAAUGAUCCUGCAAAUUCGAGAGGCGCCAAUUUGAAAGAAAAGAAAUUGGAUACACUGAAGUUACUAUAUUGGAGAUAUAUAUGCAGUCGUGAAGAGGCACAACACCAGGAGCACGUAUUGGAAGCACUUGAGCCAAGUGAUGGUGUAAAAGAACUCAUUGUUGAAGGAUACGGAGGCACCAAGUUUCCAAAGUGGUUUGGUGAUUCACAUUUUUUACCCAAUUUAGUAUCUUUAUGUUUGUAUGAUUGUGAUAAUGUGAGCUUAUUACCACCGCUUGGGCAACUACCUUCUCUCCAGAAACUCGUGAUUGAAAAUUUUGUUAGAAUAAAUAUGAUAGGUGAAGAGUUCUAUGGGAAUGGCUCAUUAAUUGCUCCAUUUCCUUCCCUUUCGUGUUUACAUUUUUCUAAUAUGAGAAAAUGGGAAGAAUGGGAUAUAUGUCAAGAAGGUGCUUUCCCACUCCUUGAAGAACUUCAUAUAAAAUAUUGUCAUAGACUGACAAAGUCUCUGCCCCAACACCUUCCUUGUUUAAAAACACUAGAUAUUUCGAGAUGUGAGAAUUUGGAGGCUCCACUUCCCAAGUCCUCUUGCAUGGAGAAGCUAUGUUUAAGUAAUUGCAAGAAGAUGUUAGUAAAAGACAUGCCCACGUGGAGCUCCCAAGACAUGCUUCCACCUCUUCAUGUCCUAUAUUUAAAUGAUUGUCGAGCAAUAGAUCAAUGGCUUCCCUUUCAAGAAGGUAUGCUUUCCAGCCUACAACGUCUUACAAUCCAUGACUGUUCCAAACUCAUUGCGUCUCUUAGGGAUUUGGGUUUACAUGAGUUCUUAUCUUUUAAAGAACUUGACAUUGGUGGUACCUUUGAUAUGAAGUCGUUCCCUGAGGAGGGAUUGUUGCCACCCAAUCUCCAAUCUCUUACAUUAAAAGGUUGUUACAAUUUGGAAAGAAUAAACCAUAGGGGCCUUCUGCACCUCCAAUCUCUCACUUUCUUAUCAUUUCAAGAUUGCCCUCAUACGACUUUUGAAGGUAUGCCAGAACAUGGUUUACCUCCGUCCCUUUCUCACUUAAGCAUUGGUUUCAAUUGUCCGUUGCUUGAGGAGAGGUGUGAAAUGGAGCAAGGACCCGAUUGGCCUAAAAUUGCUCACAUCCCUCAUGUUCUCAUGUAGACACAUCACUUUCUAAAAGGAUUCGUCCCAGAAAAAAGAGGACAAGUUGAAGAAGAUGCGUAAAAAUGUGGGAACGUAACGAUGGAGACUAAAACGCA